AUGGCGGAAGGCAAGGUCGAUCUGCCGGAGGAUCUCUUUCCGUCGAAGACAGGUAGAUUAAUCCCGUGUUCUUUGUCCGAGUGACUGCUGCCCUGGUUGUAACCUGAUAUUGUGUCUAUCAAAUGCUGCCCAUGAUCUAUGCUAUAAUUCUCGUAUUGGAACCCUGGAAGUUCCAUUUGUUUCCCCAGGAGUGCAACUUGCCUCUCUGUUUUGAUCAUUUUGAUCAAUUCGCAUUUCCAUCUUCUAAAUUAAUUAGGAAUUAUUGCUCCGGAAAAAUAUCCUGGUAAUGUUAUUUGCAAUUUCUUAGUCCCUUCGGGAUUUUUUUCUCUUUUCGAGUUUUUUGGAACAGUCUGAUCCUGUUGCAUUGUGAUAGAAUCAUAUUUGCUAUCCUAGCGCCGCUGUCAUUUUCGGAUCAUCGUCCGACAGUGACAACGGUGGUUAUAUCUGUUCGCUUUUGGAAUUCUUGAAGAGAAAACAAGACUAAAUGAGAAUUCGUAGCUCUCGCGUAAUUUUUUCAGAUUUUCUUUUUUGUUCCUUUUACGUAUUUCUUGACAAAUAGAUUCUCUCAUUACCUUUUCCUUUUGCUUCCCCAAUUUGAUGUUUUCCACUUUUCCUUGUAACAGCUGAUACGUCUGGAGGGAAUUACGUGGAUAAGGAGCUUAUGGGACUUCCAGAUGAUUUGAAAGGUUUCACCUCGGGAAACCAUCUUUUGAUCAUUCAGAUAUAUACAUGUUAAGAUAAAAAAGCAAAGUUGUUUGGAAAAUUAUUCUGGCUGUUUUUAUAAUUCAAAGAAGACAUUUAUUUUCUUUUGUGGCAAAGAAUAAUUGCGCACAGAGAAAGUCAUCAUUUUUUAUUUCCAUCUAAGGAUAUCUUGGAUAGUGCCUUGUGACGUUUUCCUGCAUAGCCAGUAUAUUCUACUAUCAAUCAUUAAAACAUGAAGGGAAAUGACGCACUACGGUGCUUUUGUGAUAAGCAUGGCUCAGCAGAAUUAGCUAGUGUUAAUGAGUAAAAUUUUUCUUAUAUUUAGGGAAUGUGUCUUUAGGAUGCUCAUUUGAAAUCUUUUUACUUUAUCUGUACAAUGAUUUUGUUUUUUGUUUUCUUCUUUUGCAGAUCCACUGAUCUCCGAGAACAUACCUUUGACACCUCAGUGGUUGUAUGCCAAGACCAAUGAGAGUAAAACUAGCCAUUCAGCUUUCUCUGGGGUAAACAUCUGGACCGAGUAUCAUCAUCUUGUUUUAUUUGAUUACGUUUACCCUUAUUUACUAAAUUUUGAAGUACUUCUGCCUGACUAGGAUAUCUCUUGUUCCUUCCAUAUUUUCCCUAUUAGAUUGGACCUCGUUUUUUACCACGAGUGUUUGGUAUUUGGUCAUCUAGCUAUGAUUUAAUACAUAUAUUCGUACAUAUUUAUUUCAUUUUAUUGUUUGAUUCGGCAAAAUAAACUAUUUUUUUAAGUGCUUCCUAAUUUUAAUACCUAGAUGUUUUAUUCCUCAAUGUGUUACCGGUUUUGAACUUUUGUUCUCUUGGAAAAAAAAACUUGUCCGUAACCUUGAUUUAUUUUGAGUUUCUCUACUAUCUAGAAAGUUGUCUUUGGCUCAUAAUCCUUGUAUGUGUCUGUCAACCCAACUGUUCAUCGCUUAAGAACAUCUGGAAUGGUUGCCUGAUCAGUUUGUGUCACUACAUCAAUUAUGUAAGUCCCUUAGAAUUUCAUGAUGUCAAUACCCAAUCGUUUUUUUGGGUAAGUGUCAUAAUUGUUCUUUCCUAUUUUUCAUUUGGUUGGACUAAACUUCAGAAAGAGAUAGCAACACACUGGCUAUACAAUAAGUAGAGAAUGGUAACUGAGGAAAUAUUCUAUCAUACAUAACUUUUCAUGCCUUUUUUUAGGAUUUCGUGUACAUCAGGUCAAAUGAUUAUGUCUAUUUUAUAGUAAUUUUUGUUUUUAAUCUUGGUAUGCAGUUCUAGGGAUUCUUAUGCCACUGCAUGAGCCCUAAUUAUGAAGAGUGCAACACCGUUGAGGAAUUGCCUGAAAACAAUCUAGAAAGUAUUAUCCUUGAUGUUGACGUGCAGUUUGAGAUUUCUUUUAUGAAUCUGUUUUUAACUUGAAACGCUAAAAUGAGGGAUCAUUUGUCAUUUUGUGACAUGUAUCGUCAUAUUUUCAAAGGAUCCUAGUUUGGCAAGUUCAUGUAUAAAUACGAUAAAUGUUAGCAGUUAAAGAAGUAAAGCGUGGUCUCACUGCAUAGGCAUUCCAUCUACACAAUAAGGGUUUCGUUCAUUAUCUUGUAUUGCCUUGAUUAUUUUAAAUAUAAACUUCCAACAAGAGUUGAAGGAUUGGCCAGUUGAUCCAACGCUAGAUAUAAGCAACAUAUCUAUGCAUUUGUCUGAUUUAUCACGUAUUAUAAAUGUAACACGCACGUUUUGAAGGAAUUGAACGCUGUAAUUAGCAAAACGUACCUAAUGUUUUAUUUGUUUGAUUUUAUGGGAUACUAUGCCAGUAUGGCAUAAAAUUGAAGUAGGCUACGUAAAUUAUUAAUUUCAAAACUUGAUCCAACUCUAUUUCCUUUCGAAGCUUUUUUCCUAGAUUAUUAUUCCGGCUGCCUGUAACUUUACAGCAACCUUUCCUGUCUCAAUUUUUGAAGGGCGAUGACGGUUUAAACCUGCAUAAGCAAAAAAAUUGGAAGGGAGAUAGUGCAUCUGUAAUAUGGAUGUGCGUUAUGUAGUUUAUAUGAAUAUUUUCCGACAAUCUCCUUUUUUGUUGAUAAAUUUCUCUCAGUUAUCAGUUCUGAAGAAGGUUCCUUUUUUGUGAAGUGGAUUGAUAUUCACAAUGUUUUUCAAAUCAUGUUAAGUGAAAGAACGGGAAUAUUGAAUUGUUCUGGAAAUAAUUUUCACGGUCGUUUACCAGUGCCAUUGAAAGUAACAAAAUCCCUCCACUCUCACUUUGUAUAUAUCUAUUUAGAGAUAUACAUAUACACAUCUAUGCAUAACUACAUACAUACGUAGCUAGAUCCUUAUUUCUGUUUGUCUAUUUGUAUAUGUAUGCGUGUAUUUUUUCCCCUUGCUCCCUUCCUCUCCUCCUGAAAAUGCCCAGGCAAUGUUCUGCAUUGUUUUGAUGUGCCCUUCAGACUAUAUCAUCUUCUUUGUAGGAAAUUAUGCCAAGCUUAUAUAGUGUGUUACAUUUGGAGUUGACUGUUGGUGUUGUCAUGUGAAAUGACGUUGGACAUGAAAGAGACUAUAUCAUCUGCAUUGUUUAAAUAGAAAAAAAAUCUAUUUAUAAAUUUCUAGUAGAUGAUUUAGGUACCUUUUUGGUUUUAUGAAAUGAAUAUAAAAUUAUAAAUGGUAUAUCACCAAAACUUUUAGAAUAUGAUGAAUUUUUAGGAUUAUUGUUAAGAAUACCUGUGUCUAUUUGUCUGGCAAAGCAUAAGGGUGUGUUUAUCAUUUAGUUUUUCAAUCCUUGAAUUCUGCGUUUGAGUUUGCCUUUUCAAGAAAUCUGCAUGGUUGCAUUUCCUUACAUUAUUUUAAUUCUUUUAAUUUGUCUGUUAAGAUCUUCUUUGCUAUCUACUUUAUGUCUGUGGUAUGCUCAUGAUUACUCUGGUUAUAUUAUGAUGUUUUAGAGCAAUCUUUAGGGUGGUGCCAUAACCUUUAUUGGAUCGUGAAAUUGGUAUUUUCAACUUAUCCAUGAUGGUUUCUUUGAUGACUUUGUCGUUAGAUGUUUUUUUGCGUUUAAUAUGUUCUUGGUGGUGGUUUUAUGUUUGACUCUGGUAACUCAUUUUCUGAGUCAAUAUUUUGCAAAAUAAUUGUGAUCUUUCUUGUGACAGGAAAUUCGUGGUCAACAUAAUCUGUCUCAUGGAAUUUCGUCUGACCCCCUUCAAAAGGAUGGUUGGCGUCUUGAUGGAUCACAAGAAAAAAAAGAUUGGCGAAGGGCUGGUCCAGAGAUUGAUAUUAGUCGUCGUUGGCGUGAAGAGGAAAGGGACACUGGGUUACUUGGUAGGAGAGAGCGCAAGAAGGAAGGAGACAGGGAAAAUGAGUAUAGAAAAAGUGAGCGUCGUGUUGACACUGCUAGUGUUAGAGAAGCUGAUUCUAGGAGUAUGCCUCUAUCUGACAAAUGGCAUGAAGGCAAUAUUCGUAGCUCAGGGCAUGAAAACCGUAGGGACAGCAAAUGGUCAUCAAGAUGGGGCCCCGAAGAUAAGGAAGACCCUCGAAUUGAGAAAAAAGUUAUUUUAGACAAAGAUGAUACCCACAAUGAAAAGCAGCCCGUUGUUGCAACGAACCGUGCAACUUCUGAAAGUGAUGCUCGUGACAAGUGGAGACCACGUCAUAGGCAGGAUGUUCAGUCUGGAGGCUCGGCCGUUUAUCGUGCAGCACCAGGUUUUGGUUUGGACAGAGGUCGUGCAGAUGGCCAAGUUACAGGAUUUGCUUCUGGGCGUGGGAGGUCAAACCUUGUUGGAAGUUUUCCGGUUGGGAGGCCUUCUGUAGCUGGUCCUAUCGGUUUUAAGAGUGAAGCUAUGCUUAGAAAUGGCCUGUCUCCUGACACUUUUCGUUACCCUCGAGGAAAGCUUCUUGAUAUUUACAGAAAACGUUCGUUACUUUCAACUUUUGAUGCGCUGCCUGAUGGCCUUGAGGAAGUUCCUCCAAUAACCCAAUCAAAUAAAGUCGAUCCUCUUGCUUUUGUAACUCCUGAUGCAGAGGAGGAGGUAAUCUUUAUUUUUCAUUACUAAGUACCUAUGCUUUGAGUUGACAUUUUUGUCACUGUUAUAUUAGUAAAUGCUCGAAUUGGACAAACUAUAGUAGUUAUGCCAUGCUUUGUUGUCUCAAGAUUUCUGCAGUUUUUGCGUCUGCCUGAUGUUGAUCCUUAGUAGAAAGGUAGCUGCCAAUUUUUUCCGACCAGUUUGGGUUCAGAGGAAGAUUUUGAAUACUCGACGCUAUCUGGUUUCUGAUCGGUAAGGUUUAAAUGUUAGUCUGCAGGUUAAAAUCAUAAUAUGCGUGACAUUGGUAAAAAUGUAAUAACCGGGAUUAACCAAGGGACAACAUUUUUUUUGUUGACAUCUGGACUUAGUGGCGGGGAAGAGUUUUGCAUGUUCAUGGGCAAAAUCUGUAGUUUCCAGGACAGACUAUUAUCCCUGGCAUGAUGGGAUUACUGUUGGCUAUUGAAGAACGAGCAGAUUGUAAUGCGAUGAGCCAGUAUACUGGAAUAGAAAUGUUGUACGGACUCUUGUAUAGUUUUGUGUUAGCUCCACUUUAGAACAAGAUAAAUGGUUUAAUUUAGCGGGAGUGUUUUCCCCGGAUAUAACAUUUUUCAUAUUUUUAUGAAUUUUAGUUAUCUAAUUUUUGCGUGUUCGAUGCUAAUUAUUGACUUUAUUAUUGAUUGUCUAACUGAAAAUGAUGAUCAUUUACCUUCCCUCACUUUUUUUGCAACUCUCCUUCCCUGUUCCAACUACAAUGACCCUCGCAUUCGGCUGGGAUCCCAUUAUCCCGAAAAUGCAAAUUUUAUGGAACUCGAAGAUAGAUUUAGACUUCAGUUUUUACUCUGUCCACAGUCAUACAUAUCAGGAUCGCUUCGUACGUGAUGAACAGAUAAGUUACAUGGUAAUAUAUGAAUGAUGAAUCCGUAUUCUCUAUUAGAUUGGCCUGCAUUCAAUAUCCACUAUGCCACCUAGAUUACAGUUUUUACUAUUUUGGCCCAAUUAAGUGCAUCCUCCAGGUCUUUGUAAGUAUUUUAGGAAUAAUUUGUUCAAAUUCGCAGCUCCCCUAUAAAUCAACUCUUCUUUACAUGAUCACGUCAGUGGAGUCUUCUUUCCAAAACAAGGGGAUUCUGAAGACUUUUUUAAAGACCUUUUGGAAAGAUUUCCGGUUUAUAGAUGAUAGGUUGCAAUGCUUGAUAAUACCUUCUUGGGCUAAACCAGCCUCCAGCUGUCAAUGGUCUUGUUUUCUAGCUCUCAUUUACGCCUAUAACAUCUGCAUGUUCUUUUAGGACAUGCUAAUAUGGGGCUAAUAUGAUUAAUUUAUGGCUUUUGAGCAGCCUCCAUUUAGGUCACGGUGAGGGUGGAUUUUCUUUCCUAGUUUUUCAAUUUUAAAAGUGAGGAUUAUGUCUUAAGGACUUCUAAUUUCCGUUUCACGAGUUGACUCCAACAAGAUUGUAUUGUUGACUUAUGAAGAUGUGCGAACCUGAAAUUCUCCCUGUUAACCUCUGUACCUUCAAUCAAAAGAAGGAUAUGUCUUACAAACGUCAAGAGAUUUGGUGUCAGUCGGCUGCCUUGCUUUUCUUCAGAAGUUUUUGGUGGCCAUGCUUCCUCGAACAUCAUGCGAUUUUUUCCCGAUAUUUCGGAAAUGGAUAACCUUAUAAGUGACCUGAAAGUUGCUCGAGAUGUAUCUGUCUGCCAUGCAAGCCGACUAGUUGCUGUUCAGAAGGUUGAGUAUACUUUCUGACUCCGGUGGCCACGACGUAGUCGAAUAUCAUGUAUAAAUUAAUUUUGCAGGAUAAUGGGUUGACAGUUUUUUAUUAGUAAUUGUCCACAAAGGACCUCUUCAUAUGAGGUCUUUGUUUUCUGAAUUUUUAUUAGUUGAUUGCCGAUUCUGCGAUCCAUUUCUCAGGUUCCUCAAUACGCUGUUUAUUUUAUGAUAUUAUGACACAUCAAAUUUAUUUUAUGUUUUGCCAGUUUUUCAUAUCUUUAAUACUCUUCCUGUCCCAUCGUCGACAGAUAUUUUUUUUUGUAUUUUGAAACGCUCUGUUUGAUGUAUCUUUAACAUUUUUUGAAAUGUAUGGCAGGCUGUUCUAGAAGACAUGUGGAAAGGAAAAAUUACCUCUAGUGACGUAUCUCAUAGUUUUGCCAGAGAAAAGACUUCAAAAUUCAAUGACUUCCAGCCUGGUAAGAUGAUACUGAUGCUUCUAGUAUGGCUUGCUUUGGACAAUUUCUUUAACCGUGUUCAAUUCUUUCAUUCAGGAGAGAAUAACAUGAGAAUGAGUGAUGGUACAUAUAGCACAAAAGCUACUGACGAAUUAAGGGAAUUACUUGUAAAAGGAGGAAAUUAUAACUCCUCUCAAAGAACUGGUAAAAGAUAUUUCCAUCUGAAUAUUUUUUUUUUGCUUUCACAUUAGAUUUGCAACCUUCCUAAUGUGUAUGUUCUUAUGUGCUCCCACUACAUAUAAAAAGUGUAUGGUUACGGGAGUUAAUUUCUUUCAGUGGUUACUAUUAUGUUUUUAAUUGACAAGAAUACCCUUAUGACUUUUGUUUUCUGCUUGUAUAUACUCUUGUUAUACAUGAUAAUGGAUUUCUGAAAGCGCAUUCGCUUACAUAGCCAACUUUUUUUUCUCUACGAUUAAAAUGUAGUUAGAUGGGAUAUGUAAGGUCAGGUUGAUGAUUCAUAGCUUCUGCCAACUCAAAUCGGAAUCAGUCAAUUCCUGAUAAGAUUUAAGAGUGGGAAUCGCAAUAUCCCUUUAAAAUACAAAAAUAGAGUCGCUGGGAAUCAGCCAGUCUCUUUCAAGAUGGCUAUUUCCAGGUCGAGCUUGUCUCUUACUGGUGAGCUCUGUAACUGGGGCAAGAGUAAUCUUUUUUCGGGUUCUGGUUAUCAACUAACUAAACUGUAGUUGGAAUUGGAAUUGGAGGUUUCAAAAUUUUCACAAUUUUUUCUUUUCUGAGGGCAUGCAAUAACAAGAAGUGUGUUACUAGAAAGAUGUAUGAACUUCCAUUUAAGAAGUGUGCAAGUAAACUGUUUUUUGCUUUUAUUUGCUUAUCUCUUAGUCAUGUUUUGCUGGAAAAUGUUGAAUCUUUCAGAUGGAGUUUCUGGCUUUGAGGAGCAUGGGAAAUCAGCUGGUAACUUGAUGUCUGAGAUAACUUCUAGCGGUUGGACUCCAGUUGCUUCUGAGGCUGAUUUAUCAUGCAUGGAUGGGGCUAGCUCUGUCUGCACCGAUGACAAAAGAAAUGCCAUGACGGACCCGGGACUUGCUUUACACUUGACAAGUAAUAAAACUGCAGACCAAGAAUUAACUGCUGCUUUGGAUGGCCAUUCAAAACUACCGGAUCAGUCCACCGCCAUUUUCGAUUCACAAUUUUUCAAGGAUUUUGUUAGUGCAAAUGAACCAUGUCAAAAGAAUAAUGAUGAUAUAAAGUUUGAACUGGGCAUACCUCCAGAAGAAUUGAGUUUCUUUUACCGUGAUCCUCAGGGAGAGAUACAGGGACCCUUUUUAGGAGUUGACAUUAUUUCAUGGUUUGAUCAGGGAUUUUUUGGCACUGAUUUACCUGUAUGCCUGUCAGAUGCUCCUGAAGGCACACCUUUCAAGAAACUUGGAGAUGUAAUGCCACAUUUGAAACUCAGAGCUAGAUCUGUUCUGGUGAAUAAUUCUGGGGAUCAGUCAGAAUCAUCAGAUGCUAUUGAAGGAAAUCCUGAAGCAGGGUCGGACGUUUCUGUUUCUAAUGCUUUAGGUGGACAGAGAAUGUCUAGGCAUUCUGAUCGUAUUGAUCUGCAUGAUCGUAACUUUUCUAGUUCCAGGCCAGAUAUAUCAUCGGGCAGUUAUCAUGCUGAGAACCAGAGCUUUCGUGAGCAUACUGGGCCAGACGUUGAAGGUUUAUUCUCUCUUCUGUUUACUUGGCUUUUUACUUUUGGUAUAUUUUGUGUUAUUUCUCAUUUUCCCUAAUUUAGGAAUUUGACGGAGCUUGGUUGUUUCAUGUUGUAGAAGUGUUGUAUCGUGGAAGGUCAAUGAAUACUAAUCCGAACAUGCUAUCAAACCAUUCCCGGUUGGGCAUUCAUGACUUUUCUACCAGCGAAGCGGAAGAUGGAAGCUUUCCCGGACGUCAGGUUCUGGCUGAUAAUGAUGCACAUCCUCUUGGGCUGUUACUUUCUGAGCUAGAAGCUCACCAGAAGCGUCCUCUAUCAACAAAUUUAUCUGGCAUCAUUAACCAGGGGCAUCCUGAGCUGCAAACUAAUAUAUCUAAUCAUGGGCAACGACUUGACCCUAAUUCCGUUGGUGAUUUACGUGAUGUUCGUGACAUGUGGCCAAAUGUCAGCAGUAGACAGGGGGGUGUAAAUCCGAACCUAUUUCAUGAUUCAAUGGUUGCCCACCAGCUGUCUCAUUUCGAACAAGACUCUGGUCGACUUGGUCUUGAAGAUCAGAUACUUCUACAACAACUUCAGCUGCAACAUCUUCAGCAGCAGAAUUUGCCGUCUCCACAUCAACGGCUUCAUUUGGAACAACUCCAGGGCCCUCAUCAUCAGCAAGUAAUUGGUCCACAUGUACCCGAGUUGGAGAAUCUUUUGAAACUUCAAUUCCAACAGCAACAGCUUUUGCAGCUCCAACAGCAGCAGCAGCAGCAGCAGCAGCAGCAGCAAGAGCUUCAACACCUCCCAUUCCAAUUACUGGAGCACCGCCAGCAACAGCAGAAUGAACAAUCUCAUGUGCAACAUUUGCUUUUGGAGCAGUUGCUGCAGCGACAGAUGCAUGAAUCUCCUUUUGGGCCCUCCCAGGUUGAGCCUCUCCAGAGAAAAACUAUGCACGAUGAACUUGUCUUUCAGGAACGUCUUCAACAUCAUUUGAAACAACACUCUCUUCAAUCAAGGCACAGCGAUCCAUCUUUGGAGCAGCUUCUACAGGCAAAGUUUGGACACAGGCAGCAUCCGGAGCAUCCGAAAGAUUUGCUCGAGGCCUUGCACUCCAAGCAGAAUCAAGGACUUUUGGACCAACAGUUGUUUCUAAGGCUUCAACAAGAGCAGUUUCAGGCCCAACAGUUUCCAGGGGGACAAAGGCAGCAGCUUCCAGUUGUGGAGGAUGAGAGACAUCUUGGAAGGUCUUGGUCAGUCGACGAAUCCGGGCAGCUUGUGAGAACACCUUCUGGUCGUCAUUGGUCCCAUUCCUCUGGUCUCGCUCAGUUGGAUCGUCUCCAAGGCCAUCAGAACCGGGCAGCCUUUGAGCAAUCAGGCCAUUUUGAUCACAGCUUGUCCAUGCGUGAGCAUAUGCAACAUGUUCUCUAUGAACCAAGGACACAACCUUUCGAGAGGCCACUCUCUUCCCCUGUUGAUGCUGCUGGGUUCAACACGGAGCUCAUGUCACGACUUCAAGGAUUAGGUCUUCAGGACCAAUUCGGGAAUGUAAAUCAUUCUGGUCAAGUCGGUCAGUUUCCUUCCAAUGUUCGUUCGCGCCCUCAGCAAUUUCCUAAUCAAUUUAAUGUAUCGCAUAUGGACUCAUUAGCCAUUCACAUGUCCGAGCCUGAUGGGCAGUUUCCAAAAAGUUUGAUGGAGUCUCAGCCUCACCAACUGCGCCUAGAAGCUGAGAGGCAGAGGAUAAAUUUCGUGAUGAAUCUCGGAUCUGAGGAUCCCAAUGCAUGGGCUACUACGGUAGGCAAUGAUGAAAAGUCUGCACGGUCUCUAAUGGGUUUGAUUGGCAAAGAUUUGAACAUCCAUUCCCUGCCACCAGAGAUGGUCAAUGAUCCUCGUGAUUCGUCUCAUGGAAUCAGAGAUGCGAAUUGGCCUUUUUCUGGGCCUGCUUCAGAUCACCCCUUCGAUCUUUAUGUGGACCGAAAUAGUCGGGAUAUUUUCGCCAAGGAUUCUUAUGGAUCCAAGAUGAGGCACCUUGCCCAGGAACAGUCAGUGAACGUGGCUCCUGAUGGACAGAGUAACAGUAUUGAAAGCGGCAAAAGGUUGCCUUAUCAAUCUAUUUCUGGAGAAUUACUAGAAGAUAGACAAUCUCUUAUUAUGAAUGAAACAAAUCAGGGGAUAUAUGGAGAUUCCAGCAUGGACUUCUUGGACACGAAAGAGGGCGUGAAAGCCAAAAAACCUUGGUCCAAAGUUAAAUCAGCAAAGGGAUCAGCUCCGGAAGUUCUUGGUGAUGUUUCUGACAAUUUUCUAUUUUAGUUUCGUUGGUCCCAAAAAUAAAAUUCUUCAUCCUUAAUCCUAUCAUUCAGUAUAAGAAUUGAGACAAAUUUGCUAGGAUGCUUUCAUUGAAUCAUUGACCUAAUCUCUCUUAUUUAGCUCAUUAGCUUCACGAUGUUGUGCAGGAGGAAACAUGGGUUUAUACAACAUUGAGAUGAAUGUGGAAAGUGAGCCUAGCCGAGAGCUGAAUACGGACAGGUAUAGCGAAUUCUGAAUGAGAUGUGGAAUGAUCGUAUCUAAUUGAUAUUUCAAUUAUGGUUUGUAUAGUACAAGUUUCUAUGAUGUCUAUUAUCUACAAGAGCCUUUUCGUUAGAUUUGCAUGGAUUGAAGAAGACAGGCUGCCCAAUUUAUAACGGACCAAAUAUGAUAUUGAAUUGGGGGGCUCAUCCGUGGUCUCACAGGGUUUCGCCAGCUUUAGAAAACUUGACCCUGCUGACGUGGGUCGGAUCCAUUUUCUAGAAUUCUGAUUACCAAUAUCCAAUCUAGCAAGGGGUUAAGACAAAAUAUAUGGGGUUUUCAGGACAAAAUGUUAAAGCAAAGUUGGUGUUGGUGUUGUCAAUGUACUUACUUGUUCGAGUUGAAAUGACAGUUCUUUAAUCUGAGUCAGUUUGAUCCUUCGUAUAAUGCCAUCUAGUAUAUAAUAUGAACUCACUGUUUGGUUUGUUGUACUCGCAGCCUCCUUCCCAACACUCUGCUGAAGCACCACUUCCAAGGCUCAUUGGCAUCCCAAGACUCACUGCCCCAGCUGGCGCCGCUUCCUGCUUUGGGCGACGAAACCAGGAUCACUUCUCCCUCAGAGGGUAUGCCGAUUCUCCACAUAGAGUAGUGUUAUUCUCACUGCCGUCGUUGCCUCAGAGGCAUGCUGACUGUUUAUCUGGUAUCAUAGACAACGCAGAGGGCGGGCGAGGUAGUGGCGGAGGUGCAGCGCUCCAGGCCACCGACGUCCCACCACCCGUGAAGGACGCGAGGCUCCGGCGGGCGCCCAGUGAUGCGGAUCCCUUGGGGGCGUCUUUCAUGGACAUGCUGUUGAGCCCCAAGAAGCCCGUGACAGAAGCAGAGGUUGCGGCCGCGGGCUCAGAGAUGGAGGGCGCCCAGGGCGCCGGCAGGGCUAGCAACAAGAAGAAAGGUAAGAAAGGGAGGCAGAUUGAUCCCUCCCUCCUGGGCUUCAAGGUCCACAGCAACCGCAUCAUGAUGGGCGAGAUCCAGCGCCCUGAGGACCUGUAA